AUGGAGGAUACAGACUUGCAAUGGGGAUGGUCUAAGACGGAGAUGGCCAUGGUGAAGGCGCCUGGUCCUUUCUACAAGUUUUCGGAUCCAAAGAAGGACUCUUCUAAGUUAAUACGGCGAAACAAGGGGAGGAAGAAGUCGAUGAAUUUGGAUAGUUUUGUAGCGAGGUCUCUUCUCCCCAACACACCCACUUUCGAUAGAGAUGAUGAUCAUGAGGGCAACAAUCAGAUUGAGAUUCACCAUCCAAGGCAAAUUAGGGAAAACGUAGCAAAUAUUUCUGUUUCAGCACAGUGGAUGAUUUUACUGGCUAGUUUCUGCCUGGAGAUUAUAUCAGCUGUUUUUGAACAGAUCACCUCCCCAAGCAAGCCUCACUUUGCACUUGUUGCUAUGGUGUUGGCUAUUCUAGCUCUGCUCACUUGCCUCGCAGAGCUCUCUCUCAGGGGCAGAGAGGCAAGGGUCCGAUUGGCGAGGAGGAGGGGAAUGCCGCCCUUGUUUCAUCAUCCACCUCCUCGUAACAGGCUUUUCGGUACUUUCUCUGAUGUCUUUGGACUACUUGGUGCCUUCUUUCAAUUGGCUUUCUCCAUAGUUCAGUAUGCUUACCUCAGUAGGCAUGUUGACAAUCCUAUCAAAGUGUGCUUUUGGCCCUUCCUCUUCAUCUUCUGUGUGGCGGGUUCGAUCCUAAUUCGGAAUCGAAGAAACACUGAAGAUAAUCACGAAACUGGUGAACAUAGUGCUUAA